AUGUGGGUCCUUGGGAAGAUAAGGGAGAGCAUGGAGAGCAUUCCUCUGGAGCUGGAUCGUUACAUUGGAAGGAGGGAUGAGGAUGCUUUUUUCUGCUCAAAGGUCAGCGUCUCUCAGAAUCUUCACAAUAACAUCAUCACUCCAGAUAACAUCCCUGAGUUCUGUCUGCCUCCGAGGCUUUGCAAAAGACACCCAGUGCUGGAGCCUGAAAUGACCCCUCUGUCUCUGGACAACCAGAAGCUGACACCAAAGAGCUUGACUUCUUCAAAUACUAUCCAAACUAAAAAGAAGAUGAGGGAAAACAAUGAAGAUCUUCAGGAUGCUCCAAGAAAACCUUUACCGUUCUCUGCAGAGUGUUAUGGUCUGGCAGGGGUGUAUGAGAGCCCCAACACUAGAAGGAAAGAAUCUUUGUUUCAUUCAAAACGGCCCAUGUACACGUUCGAAAGAAGAAUCCCUACAUCAAAGCCCAGACAGGUGAAGGAAAUGACCUCACUAAAGAAAACUCUGUCAGAGUUUCUUCCAAUGCUUGCAUCCAAAAGCUUCUCGGAAGCAGCAGAAGCUGGAGCUCCUUCCAUUAUCAAAACACCCAGAAAUGUCCCAUCCAGAAGCUGCCGUCUUAAAGAAACAGUGUCCUGCCCUUCGCUGAUUGAUAGCAUAGAGAAAAGCAUGAAGCCAAAGAAAUUAGGACUAAGUAUAUCGACUUCUUCCUCCAGCAAAUCGUCUUUGAAGAAAAACCCACCGGGCCUGCACCCACCUGUCCUCCAUCCCCUGGACUUCCUCCACUGCCAGAAGAGACUUCAGCAUGAACACAUCCUUCCUUUGCAGAGCAGAGGCAGAGUUCGCCUCUCCACUGAGCACACUACAUUCUCUAACGGUACAUGCUCAAUCUCUUCCACUAUUAGAGUGCGUAUAAUUUCUGUAGAAGGCCUGCUGGAUCCAAAUGAGCAACAAACCCUGAACUGCGCUGUGAAUCUCUGCCUAACACCAGGAAGGCUGCAGCAGCAGGAGAGUGCUACCAUCAGGAACUGCCGCUGUCCUGUGUUCAAUGAAGAUUUCUACUUCACAGAGCUGAGCCAAAAGGAUCUGCUAGAGCUGCAGCUCAGGUUAAAAGUGCUGGAUAAAGCUGCAGCAGGAGCAUUGAAGAGGGGAACUUUGAUCGGGGUGAUCUGUAAACCACUAUCCCACCUGUUAUGGUGUGGAGAACAGAUGUAA